AUGAACCGGCGCCGUUCUUCCAGGCACAAGACACCCCGUCCCUAUACACCGUUCACUUGCAAUAUGUCGCACAGCGCAUCUGAGCCAACCACAAAGGCAUCGAUUGUUGUAGACCUGGUAGAAGAUGACGAAUCGACUGAUGGUGAUACGCCGAGGGCCAGCAUGGCCCCAAACUCUCCAUUCCAUGUCGCAACCACAGCAACGGAAGAACAGUCGGCUGUGACAUCCUCUAUGUCACAAGUAAGGCAUGCUCCCUUGCCAACUGGUGAUGUAUCAAAUGAACUGCUGCCAAGUUCCUCCGCGACACCAAGCUCUCUUGUAUCCACGCCCACCGCUACCAGAAGGACGGCUAGCGUCGCUACGAUGCAGUCCGAACUGCUACGAUUGGGUCCACCACCACCCGCCCCGCAUCGUCGAUUUCUCCGCAAACGCCGAGAGGCUUUGUUUAGGCAAGUCUUGAAGGAUAGCAUCGUUUCAGCGAAGACUACAGAGAGUAUCACGCUACGCACCACUGUCUCAGAAGAAGUUAAGACAGGCCUUCAGGGUCUCCUGACGAUCGAAGAGAAGGAUCCAAGACAUACGCUCACAAUCAUCAGAUCAAAGAGUAGGAGCUACUGGAGCAAAGUCCAUCAAGAGGUGCAUCAUAAUAGCCUUGAACUCAACCAGCUGUACACGUUGAGGGACAUCGAAAGGACGCUAUUCUUUUGGGCAAACCAUCAACAUGUCAUGUCAUACGGAGAAAUAGCCUAUGAGCUAUGUCUACCGCUCGGGGUACUCUCCUCAUGGAUUUUACGGUAUGUAGAGCGGAUCUGA